UUAUUCGUAGAUAAACUUUCGUUACUCUUUCAAACAGCAUGGAACAAGACCAAUUAGUCGUAAAAGAAUAUAGUCACAAAUUCUGUCUUUCAAAUGGUAUUCAUAUGUACUCAUAUAAUCCUUUAAUAUCUUCCACCGUUUACUCUUUCGAUCAUGCAACUGUCCUUACUAGUAGCUUUGAUGAUUUCCAGGAUAUAAUGCUCUUAAGACUCACGUUCUAGCUUUUAGAUUAUAAGUAUGUGCGUUUACUAGAAUCAUAUAUACGUCGUCGUUCAGAUUUUGUCAUUUUAUUUUGGACUUUGAGGGACAAAUUAAUCUUCAAAAAAUUGGUGAAAUUAGUUUAAGCUACAAAAAGAUCAUCCUUUUUCAGCGAAAAGUAUGGUAUUAUUUGUUUAAGGAAUAAAUACUGAGUACAGAGGAUUAAAACUAUCUUCAUAUUAUUAAUACUCAAGAAAUAACUCCAUGAUUCGUAUUCAACG